GCCGACGGAACCUUAGAGCGCCGGAACCCGGUGCCCGGAGCGGGUCGGCUGCGGAGCGUUUCCGGGGACGGCGGCGCCAUGAGGUUGCCUGCGGGUGUGCUGUGCGGCGCUGCCGGGGCUGCCUGGCGGGAGAACUUCCCGUUGCGCGGUCGCGACGUGGCGCGCUGGUUCCCAGGCCACAUGGCCAAGGGGCUGAAGAAGAUGCAGAGCAGCCUGAAGCUGGUGGACUGUAUCAUUGAGGUUCAUGAUGCCCGGAUCCCGCUUUCAGGCCGCAACCCUCUGUUUCAGGAAACCCUUGGACUUAAACCUCACUUACUGAUCCUCAACAAAAUGGACUUGGCAGACCUCACAGAGCAGCAGAAAAUCAUGCAACGCUUGGAAGGACAAGGCCUAAAAAAUGUUAUUUUUACCAACUGUGUGAAGGAUGAAAAUGUCAAGCAGAUCGUUCCCGUGGUCACUGAGCUGAUUGGGAGCAGCUACCGCUACCACCGAGGAGAGAACCUGGAGUACUGCAUCAUGGUGAUUGGAGUUCCCAACGUGGGCAAGUCCUCCCUCAUCAAUUCCCUCCGGAGGCAGCACCUCAGGAAAGGAAAAGCCACCAGGGUGGGCGGUGAGCCUGGGAUCACCAGAGCUGUGAUGUCCAGAAUUCAGGUUUGUGAGCGGCCGCUGAUGUUCCUGCUGGACACUCCUGGUGUUCUGGCUCCUCGGAUCGAAAGUGUGGAGACGGGCCUGAAGCUGGCCCUGUGUGGAACGGUACUGGACCAUCUGGUGGGGGAGGAGACCAUGGCCGACUACCUCUUGUACACCCUCAACAAGCACCAGUGUUUCAGGUAUGUGCAGCAUUAUGGCCUGGGUAGUGCCUGUGACGACAUAGAGCACGUCCUGAAGAGUGUGGCGGUGAAGCUGCGGAAGACGCAUAAGGUGAAGGUGCUCACGGGCACGGGUGAUGUGAAUGUUGUUCAGCCCAACUACCCCAUGGCUGCCCGUGACUUUCUCCAAACCUUCCGCCGUGGGCUGUUGGGCCCUGUGAUGCUGGACCUCGACAUUCUGCAGGGGCCACCCCCUGGCCGAGACUGACCCCUGAACUGGGCCAGGUAGUGAGGACACCAGAGGCAUGUGGCCCCCCAGACCUUUUUUGGCUUGGGUGCUUAAGGUUUGGGACAGCCCACCCUUUCCAGCAGCUCCGUGCUAGCCACCGGGACACUGUGCUCUUGUGCCCCACCACGGUCUGGCCAGCUCCUGUCCAGAGGCCAUGCUAAUUGGGUGGAUGUCAGGCCCACACCCCGACGUCCCCGAGCAGUCCUGCAUGCCUGGUCUGCAAGGAGGUGAGGUUGAUGCUGUAUCAGAAGAAAUUAAAAAUUUUUAAAUCCCA